AUGAAGGACGUUAUUGAUGUAAUGGAACUGCAGCGUGAGAAGAACCGGAAGAAUGUCCCGAUGGAUUACAAAUCACUUGAGUUCAAUAACGGGUACACGGCUGCCAGGUUUAUAUUCGAGUGUGGAAUUAAGUUAAAUGGACAGCCACUUACGGUGGCCACUGCUGCUAUUAUUAUGCACCGGUUCUUUAAAGAAGUCGAUCCUGCAAAUUAUGAUCCUUUUUUGAUAGCUUCUUCCUCACUAUACCUGGCAGGAAAAGUCAAAGAUGAUCCCCUGAAAAUUAGAGAUAUUAUCAACGUAGCUCACAAUACACUGCAUAGAGGAAGCAGUCUGCUGGAAAUUGGCGACGAAUAUUGGAGUAUGAGAGACGCCAUUGUUCAAGCCGAAUUGUUAAUAAUGAGAAUAUUGAAAUUUGAAGUCAGUACAACUCAUCCCCACAAGUUCAUGUUGCAUUAUCUGAGGUCCAUGGAAGGGUGGUUGGGUAAAGAACAGUUGGAAAGCGUCCCAGUAGCAAGAGCAGCAGCAUCUUUCCUUCAGGACUACCAUCACGAUCCCAGCAUCCUUGACUAUGACCCUCGCCACGUAGCCAUCUCUUGUAUAUCUUUAGCUCUUCAAUGUUAUGGAAUACAAUUACCUCUUAUAGAAGACACCGACGAUGAGGCCUGGUACAAUAUUUUUGUUAAAGAUCUUCCCAAAGAGAAACAUUGGGAAAUAAUGGAAAAAAUUAUGGAAGUGUACAACAAGGAAACGGAAUAG